AUGGAAUUUACAGCUCCAAAGUACCACUCACCGCCACAGCGACGGCAGGUCAUGUCUCCUGAUGGGACAAGUCAGAAGCCUUUCUCCACUAUACGAUCUUCCGGGCCUUCGUUUAACCCUCUCCAGGACAAGACCCUACCCGUUCGAUGGACUCACAAUUGCUUUACCAGCAGACCUGUUGUUGGUAAGGUUUACUACAUACCUGAUGGUGGUCACUUUCCUGCGUCGGUCAUUCACAUGCAGAAACAGCAAGAAGGCUUCUUCAAACAUCCAGUACUUGUCAUUGGUGUGGAUCAUAACUUCGCGUACUUCUAUGCUCUUACCAAGUCACCACCAGCUGCCAUUGGAGAGAUGGGAAUGUGCCUGCGCAUGGGCGAGAGUACAGCAGACGAAGGUAUUUACACAUUAAGGCUGGCGCAUGGCUCACUUCCCAUGCAAACCGAGACAUGGACGAACCUCGAACAGCGUUUCUACAUCGAGUGUGGAAACCUAAAUGAUUGGGCGAUUGAUGUUCGUAUCAACACGGAUGAUUUGUGGAAGCUGUGGAGGCGAGUACAGGAACUGGAGGUACAACAGAAUCGUUUCAUCUACAAGCCGCUUCCACGAGACAUGAGCCUAUUGCGGCCUGGAACAGUCGUCAUGUUGUUGAAUGAUCCGCGAUCAUCAACUCUUGGGGCUCCUGUCCUGAUAGUGGAAAACCAGUACCCCCGCCUCCACUAUCUGCGCAUCAAAGCCUUCAGCGAAAAUCCUUACUUCAACCCAACAGCACGGCGCACCACUGGAUCACCUCGUCAUCUGUGUUUGGAAAUCUGCAAGUACCCAAAAAUGGGGCAUGAUCGCACACCAGUCAUGUUGGUCGAGUUUGAUUCCCCUGGGAUGCGUGAGUCGUCGUAUGUUGAGGUAUACCCGGCUCCCAAGACGAGCACUUUCCACAAUUGCAAGACUUGGUGCUGGCCGCCGGUUGUCAUGCGAUCCCAGUCGAUGGCUAUACUUUGUAAUUACAUCACAAAGCAAGUUGCCUCUAGCACGAGCUCAUUCGUAGGGUCGCGCUUCAAUUCGCAGACGUCUUCACGGUCGUCAUCUGUAGGGCCGAUAACCCCUUUCCGCAACGGAGUUCCACAAACCCAAUUUGGCAACGUGGGAUACCCGCCAUUGCCACUCCGACAUGGUUACCAAACAGCCGCGGACCGCAGUGUAUGUCCUUCACCGCCGCAUACUUCGUUGGGGUUUCGUCAGCCUAUCCAGAAGAGUCAACCCGCUGGUGGUUAUGGACAUCCUGGUCACCCUUACUCACCCAGCACUAUGGCAUACCCGGCUCCCACACCAAGCUCAUGUCAGCAUUACCCUAAUAUACUACUUGACGGCUAUGGUCACCAUUAUCCGCGCAUCUGA